CCUUCAGCCUCUGAUACGGGCCAGGAUCUUGAGAUCGUGGGGCAGACAUGGAGAUGGAGGCAGAGAGAAAGGAAAGGAUUUGCAACCAUCAGGAAAUAAAGUUGACCAGACUGAGGUCCUAGUGCAGCCAUUUCACCUCCAGAACAAAGUUGGGAAGGAGACUGAGUCUUUCCAUCUUUCCUCAUGAGGAAGCUGAGGUUCAGAGGGGAUAAGGAACUUGCCUAAGGUCACACAGCUAAGAAGCCAGGCUAAUAACCACAACAGGAAUAAUAAUACUAGCAAGAACACGUGUUUGGCAAUUACCAUGAGAAGCACCAUCUCAUUGAGAGGCCCCAGUUCUGGAAAGUAGAUACAAUUAUUUUCCCUUUUGUGCCUGCAAGGAAACAGGCUCAGAGUAGUAAAGUAAAGUCAAAUAGCUAGUAAGCAGGGAUGGAGGCCAAGUGAGAUAAUGUUCAUUGGGUGUGCAUGUGUUCAAAGGUGUUUGAAGUUCCUUGUUAUUUACUCUUUACCUGCCUACCAGAACAGGUGCGAUUAUCUCAGUUUUACAGAUGGGGAAAUUGAGGCCCAGAGUAGCUAUGUAGUGAAGGUAAUGUAGCUCAUACGUUGGAACAUAGCAGGAAUAGACUAAGCUGACAUACAGUGAGCAUCCACCGUGUGCUAAGCAGUGUGUCAUGAUCCACUGGUGCAGAUAGUUAAGGAACUUGGGCAAAGUCACACAGCCAGCAAGUGGCAGAGUCGGCACUUGAACUCAGAUCGUCAGAGGCAGAUCCCUCUGUGGGAUGGAAGGGGCUGAAUCCUGGGAAUCACCCUGGCCUGCGGCCUGCAGGGAUGCGGCCCUUCAUCCCAGACCAGGACAUCUGCUACUUCGAGGGCUUCCUGGAGGGCGUGGGUAUCCGAGAGGGCGGCAUCCUCACCGACAGCUUCGGCCGAAUCAAGCGCAGCAUGAGCUCCACGUCGGCGUCAGCGGUGCGCAGCUACGACGGCGUGGCCCAGCGGCCCGAGGAGCAGGCCUUCCACAGGCUGCUGACGGACAUCACGCACGACAUUGAAGCGCUGGCCCCUGAUGACGACGACAACGACGACGACUAUGACAAGUCCAGGGGCGGGGGCAAGGUGGCUGAAGACAACUACCUGUAGCCUCUGCCCCUUGCAACCCGCCUCUGAGCCUUCCUCACUCUUCCCUGCGGGACUCCAUCCCUAGCCAUCCUUGUUCCCUUGUCGCACCCCUUCAGGAGGGCUCCACUCCCCAGGUUUCUGUCCCUGGCCUUUGUGGCGCGAGUCCCUGAAGUACCAAGAAUGUCCUGCAGGGGGCGGGCGAGGGCGGAUCCUAAAGGCCCCAGGGUGUCACCAGGGAUCAGCAGGGGCCAGUAGCCCUGGUCCGCCUCAGAAAAUCCCUUCCUCCUCGGGACCCCUCAGCUUUUCGAAGGCUGAGAGAUGAAGAAGGGCUCCAUCUGCUGGCAGACUGAGAAAAGAAUUUUGAGUUCAAUCCACAGAGCGUGCGCGUGUGUACACACACACACCACACAUCCAUUUUUUUCAGAGAACUCUACUUCUAUUUUACAGAUUUGGAAACUGAGUUCAAAAAAGGCCAAGAGAUAUGAGGGAAUCUCCUGAUUCUCCUUAGAUAUUAUCUCCCUUUUCUUCUCUCCAAUCAUUUCAGCCCUGCCUUCUUCAUAGGGUAGUCAUGGGGAAUUAAUGAAGGGUAAGACCUUAGUGCUGAGCCUAGCACAUAGUAGGUGUUCAAUAAAUGCUGUUCCCUUCCC